AUGAUAAAAAUUGCAUUUAUUUCUUUGUUUCUCCUUCUGGGGAGUCAUUUGGCAUAUAGCCGUUCGAUUAAGGAGGAUUUGAAUUUCAAUCCCAUAUCAGAUGGUGUUGACUCGUUUAGAAAUUCAUCAUGGGGUUUAUCGUUAUCGGCAACAACAGAGAGUUGUCAGCCAGUUUAUGGGAUCUUGCCAUGCUCUUCUAAUGUUUGGGGACUGCUGUUUUUGAUUGUCAUAUAUGAGAUCUUGCUUUCUGUGGCAGAGAGAUAUGUCGCAAACGGGUCGGAGCAGUUUUUCGAGAUUAUCGGGCCGGGUGGAAUUUUCGGAGCCAGUUUGUUUCAGUUUCUUGGAACAAUCCCACAAAUCAUCAUAGUUCUUGUAUCUGCACUUUCGGGAACCACUGAAGCAGCUCAACAACGAGCUAAAUUGGGAAUGGGAAUGGUUGCAGGAUCCACAGUCAUGUUCUUGACGUUGAUAUGGGGCACGUGUGUCUUGGUUGGCAGCUAUGAUCUUUCUGAGGCCACUCCAGAUAAUACUGGAAAUCAGAGAACUCUAAAAGGUUUUGGCGUUGUGACUGAUGUUCAAACGAUCUAUACUGCACGAAUAAUGUUGAUAACAUUGGUUCCACUUGUCAUUCUUCAACUUGAAAGUUUUUUCCAUUCUUCUGGGAAACAAGUCGUUACACUUAUUGCUCUCAUUAUCACAAUGGGUCUCCUAAUUGGUUAUAUCUUAUAUCAGAUUUUCCAGCCAUGGAUUCAGAACAGGAGAUUUGAGCUUCUGAUGUAUAAAUACGCAAAAGACAAGUUACUAACACUCUUGACCAGAAAUGGGAGGCCUGAUACUCAAAAAAUACAACAGUUGUUCAAUAAAGUCGACAGGAAUAAUAAUGGAUCAGUAUCAGCAGCAGAGCUCAGAGUUUUGUUCUUAGGAUUGAGGUCGGACAAUGAUUUGAGUACAGAUAAAGAUGUGGAGGACAUCAUGGCAUCUUUUGAUAUCACUGGUGAUGCUGGUGUCAACCGGGACGAAUUUGUCACUGCAAUGACAAAAUUAGUUAAUGACCUAUCCAAUAAGACUCGAGAUCCUAAAAGUCGAAAUGCAGUGAGUAGUAACACUAAGAACACCAGUGCCGCACAGCAGAGUCUGUUGGCUAAUAAUACGACCCCGAGCACGACCCCGGCUCCAACCCCUGGCACAAAGACUAGUAAUGUUUGGGUUACAUUCUUUAGGGCUGCUUUUUUCUUCGUAGUCGGGACUGGCAUGUUGCUCGUACUUGCAGAACCUCUCAUUCAAAGUGUUGUGACAUUUUCUGAAGUUGUGAAUUUGUCUUCUUUCGCUGUCUCGUACUUGGCUAUUCCAUUUGCCAUGAAUUACAGAGUUGCAGUUGCAUCAAUUGGUUCAGCAAGACAGAAGACAGAAAAUAGCAUUUCAUUAACACUAUCGUCGCUCUAUGGUGGGGUGUACAUGAACAACGUUAUAGGUCUAAUUGCGUUCCUCGCCCCCGUCUACUUUCGUAAUUUGUCAUCAGACAUCUCAGCUGAAGUCGCUGUUCUUCUCGUUGUUUGCAUCCUGAUGACCUUAUUCACAAGCUUCAGUACGACAUUUCCUCGUUGGACAAGCUACAUAGUACUACUUUUGUACCCGAUUUCUCUUGCUUCAGUUUAUGUUCUGACCUCCGUUUUCGGAUGGUCAUAG